GGAACAACACAGAUGAACAAUUGAUCGCGAAAAACAUAGUCACUGGUAAUGCUAUCUACAGUCUUACAAAAUGCAUUACUGUUGUCCAAAAGGUGCUCCGAAAGGUGCCCAGAGGAGACAAAAACCACCCACUGGCUGGUGUGAAGGGUAUAUACCUCUUAGCUGAUGAAUAUGACGCCUUUGCCAAUGAAUACUUGAAUCUGAAUGACACUACAACCUAUAAUGAGAUCCAGGGCAAGUCCUCACUUAAGGACUUCUGGGCAUGUGUAAAGUCCAACAUGGGCUACCAAAAGAUUGAAAAAUGUUUUAUUACUGGAGUGUUGCCAGUCUCACUGGCUGAUGUUACUAGUGGUUUUAAUAUUGCAACGAAUGUUUCUGACAAUAGCAAUCUUGCUGGGUUCUGUGGCCUCAGUUAUGGUGAUGUGCAUUCUGCUUUGAAACUAUGCUGCUCAAACAGUGACAUUGAAAAACACUUCCAUAUCAUGGUGCACCACUACAAUGGCUAUUUUUUCUCACCAUACAGUACAGCUCAGCAUAUCUUUAACACAAACACAUGCUUAGAGUAUCUUCAGAUGCUUGCUAGAUCACCUAUUGCAAUUGAUAUCCUCGAACAGGUUGGAGGCCGUAAUUCAUUAUUAGAUUCUGACAUCUGGCAUAGUCCCAUCAAAUAUGACACAUUGCCAUUAGAUCCCCAAUCCUCCCAUUUG